AUGACGAAGCAGAAGAAGGAGAAAGCGAAGAAGGAGGAGGUCGUGGAGGAGGACAGCGCUGCAGCCGUGGAGAGGAGCUACAGUGAUCUGAUCGCACACGUCAACCCCGUCGCCCAGCCGCUCGCGUCCAAGAAACUCAGCAAGAAGCUCUACAAGUGCGUGAAGAAGGGUAAGCUCUACACGUGUGUGAAGAAGGGUAAGCUCUACACGUGUGUGAAGAAGGGUAAGCUCUACACGUGUGUGAAGAAGGGUAAGCUCUACACGUGUGUGAAGAAGGGUAAGCUCUACACGUGUGUGAAGAAGGGUAAGCUCUACACGUGUGUGAAGAAGGGUAAGCUCUACACGUGCGUGAAGAAGGGUAAGCUCUACACGUGUGUGAAGAAGGGUAAGCUCUACACGUGCGUGAAGAAGGGUAAGCUCUACACGUGUGUGAAGAAGGGUAAGCUCUACACGUGCGUGAAGAAGGGUAAGCUCUACACGUGUGUGAAGAAGGGUAAGCUCUACACGUGUGUGAAGAAGGGUAAGCUCUACACGUGUGUGAAGGGUAAGCUCUACACGUGUGUGAAGGGUAAGCUCUACACGUGUGUGAAGGGUAAGCUCUACACGUGUGUGAAGGGUAAGCUCUACACGUGUGUGAAGGGUAAGCUCUACACGUGUGUGAAGGGUAAGCUCUACACGUGUGUGAAGGGUAAGCUCUACACGUGUGUGAAGGGUAAGCUCUACACGUGUGUGAAGGGUAAGCUCUACACGUGUGUGAAGGGUAAGCUCUACACGUGUGUGAAGGGUAAGCUCUACACGUGUGUGAAGGGUAAGCUCUACACGUGUGUGAAGGGUAAGCUCUACACGUGUGUGAAGGGUAAGCUCUACACGUGUGUGAAGGGUAAGCUCUACACGUGUGUGAAGGGUAAGCUCUACACGUGUGUGAAGGGUAAGCUCUACACGUGUGUGAAGGGUAAGCUCUACACGUGCGUGAAGGGUAAGCUCUACACGUGCGUGAAGGGUAAGCUCUACACGUGCGUGAAGGGUAAGCUCUACACGUGCGUGAAGGGUAAGCUCUACACGUGCGUGAAGGGUAAGCUCUACACGUGCGUGAAGGGUAAGCUCUACACGUGCGUGAAGAAGGGUAAGCUCUACACGUGUGUGAAGAAGGGUAAGCUCUACACGUGUGUGAAGAAGGGUAAGCUCUACACGUGUGUGAAGAAGGCGUCUAAAGUGAAGCACAUUCGUCGUGGCGUCAAAGAAGUUCAGAAGUUCAUCAACAAAGGAGAGAAAGGAAUCGUAGUUUUGGCUGGAGACACGUUACCGAUCGAAGUCUACUGUCACCUUCCCGUGAUGUGUGAGGACCGCAGCCUGCCAUACGCCUACAUCCCCUCCAAGAUGGACCUGGGAUCUUCUGCUGGAUCCAAACGUCCCACGUGUGUGAUCCUCAUAAAGCCUCAUGAGGACUAUCAGGAGCAGUACGACGAGGUGUUCGAGGAGGUGUCCACACUGCCCAAGCCCUUGUAG